AAUGUCACUUAUAACUAAAGAACAUAUAUGGGAAUAUUAUAUAAAUCUGACGGAUUUUAAAGCACAGUGCAAGUAUUGUGAAUUUAAAUAUAAUUAUAUAAAUGAUACAAACUUUAAACGUCACAUAGAAAAAAACCACAAAAAAAUUUUGGAAUACGAAGAAGAGAGAAAACUAAGAAAAUGGCCAUGGAUGUAUUUCAAGUAUUCAGAUCAACUAUUAUCACAAUGUAUUAUUUGUUAUGCAAAUAUUCUGUCUACAUCAAAAUCUGCAGAUUUAGAAGAUCAUUUGAGUUCGCAUUCUAAAGAACAGCGGAAGAAUCAUAUCCUUCAAAAUUGGAAACGGAAAUAUUGGACACAACGAAAUGAUUUUGAGGUGGAGUGUGAUAUUUGCAACAACAACAUAUCUCUUCAAAUUCGUAAACAUUUGGAUUUUCAUAUAAGAAAGACACAUUCUGACAAAUUGAAAAAUAUGCAAGAAACACAUGACUUAGUUGAUUCGUCAGAACGUGUUUCAUCACUUGAAACGAACGUAACUUUUAUGCCAUUAGAUAUUGCAACUAAAAAACAUAUAUGGGAAUAUUAUAUAAAGCUGUCAGAUUUUGAAGCACAGUGCAAGUAUUGUGAAAAUAAAUAUAAUUAUAUAGAUAAUGGAAACUUUAUACGUCAUAUAGCAAAACUCCAUGAAGAAAUUUGGAAAUACGAAGAAGGGGGAAAACUAAGAAAACGGCCAUGGAUGUAUUUCAAGAGAUCACUUGAAUUUGCAUUCUAAAGAACAACAGAACAAUCACACAUUUCGAAGUUGGACGGGG